AUGACGAUCUCCACAACCUCGAGCUCUACAUCAUCAAAGACAUCCUCUGAAAAGGGGGACGACUUGAAAGGUUUCUCAUCGUCGUCAUCACCGGCAUCCUCGCGAUCCUCGUCGGCUACCACACCAGAGCCUUCGAGUCCGACCGUCUUGGCGGCAAAGACCAUCGAGUCGAUCGAUCCCUUUCAGCCUCGCAAGGACUACAACGAGAAUGUCCUACCCGCCAUCCCAGCCACGGAGGCGGUGCAACCAUUGACUAGUGACGCCAACACUCCGGAUCACUGGAUCGCUCGAGAUGAGCGCAUGAUCCGUCUCACUGGCAAACAUCCCUUCAACAGCGAAGCACCUCUCUCAGAGCUCUUUUCCAAAGGGUUUCUCACUCCUCAGAACCUCUUUUACGUACGUUCGCACGGUGACACGCCGCGGGUUACUCGUGAGCAAGCUGAAAACUGGAAGCUCAAGGUUCAUGGUCUCGUAGAGCAAGAGGUUGAGCUCAGUAUCAAGGAUCUCAAGGAAAAGUUUCCUACAGUCACCCUCCCCAUCACCCUCGUAUGUGCCGGUAACAGACGAAAAGAGCAAAACAUGGUCGCUAAAGGCCUCGGUUUCAACUGGGGCGCCGCGGGUGUCUCGACGGGUCUAUUUACCGGAGUCUACCUCGCCGACAUUCUCGAUUACUGCAAGCCCAAGAAUCCACUUCUCUCUUCUUUCCCUUCAUACGAUGUGGCUGUGCCUGGUCGGGCCAGACAUGUCGUCUUUGAGGGCGCCGACGAGCUGCCUAAGGGAAAGUACGGCACUUCGCAGCGACUCAACUGGGCGCUCGACAGGUGCAAGGGCAUGCUGAUCGCUUGGGGUCUCAAUGGUGAAGACCUCUCUCCGGAUCAUGGCUACCCUUUGCGUCUCGUAGUGCCAGGUCAGAUCGGUGGCAGAAUGGUCAAGUGGCUCGAGCGCAUCGAAGUUUCGGAUCGCGAGAGCCAGCAUCAUCUGCACUUUCACGACAACAAGGUGCUUCCCACCGAAGUGACCGCCGAUCAGGCCAGAAGCGAAAUGCACUGGUGGUACGAUCCAAAGUACAUUAUCAACGAUCUCAACGUCAAUGCUGCCAUCUGCUCGCCUGAUCAUGAUCAGGUCGUCAAUGUUGCCGAACCAUCUACGUCCAGUCCGCAGAUGCUCCCUCUUGAAGGCUAUGCGUACACGGGCGGUGGCCGUCGUAUCCACCGAGUCGAAAUCUCACUCGACGAUGGUCAUAGCUGGAAGUGUGCCUCGAUUCACUACCCUGAAGAUCUGUACCGCAUGUAUCCGAUCCAGGGGCACGAGUACUUUGGCACGCUGGAUCUCAGCGCCACCGAAAUGAGCUUCUCCUGGUGCUUCUGGCGUCUCGAUGUCGAUGUGCAAGCGGACAUCAUCGCCAAGGAUGUCAAGGUGAUCUCGGUUCGAGCGCUGGACGAAGGUCUGGCGACUAUGCCCCGCGACAUGUACUGGAACGCCACUUCGAUGAUGAACUCAUGGUGGUUCCGCGUCGCUGUGCAUCGCGAAGGCGAGAACGGCAACCAGAUCCGCUUUGAGCAUCCGACGCUCGCCGGCAAUGCCCCUGGCGGCUGGAUGCAGAGGAUGAACGAGGCUGGUCUCAACCCUCGCUAUCCUCAGUUUGGCGAAGCCAAGGCCGUCGAGUCUUGCAAAACGGAUGCGAACACACUAGCCGCGGCCAAGGAAGCCAAAGUGGACCCGAAAGCGAUCAUGAUCGACCCAUCCAAAGCUGAUACCAUAAUCACGGCCGCCGAUCUGGCUGCUCACGGUGAUGGCGAGGGACCUGAGCCGUGGUUUGUCGUCCACGGUCAUGUCUAUGACGGGACUGGCUUCUUGAAAGACCACCCCGGAGGAGAUCAAUCGAUCCGUCUUGUCGCCGGAGAAGACGCUACCGAAGAUUUCAUGGCAAUCCACUCGAUGGACGCCAAAAAGAUGCUUCGAGAUUUCCACCUCGGUAGACUCGAGAAACAAGAUGCAGCGCCUCCUGCAGCCACCACGGAGGGGGAAGUCUUGGAUCUCAGCAAGCCGUUCCUCGAUCCCAAGAAAUGGCGAGCUACACGACUCGUGAGCAAGCAAAUCAUCUCACCAGAUGCGAGGAUCUUCCGCUUUGCUCUAGGAAGCGAAGAUCAAGAGCUUGGGCUUCCCGUGGGCCAGCACGUCUUCGUGCGUGUGCGUUCGAAAAACGCAAGAACAGGCGAGACAGAGAUGGUACAAAGAGCUUACACACCAUACAGUGGUAACACACAGCGUGGCUUCUUGGACAUCUUGAUCAAGGUCUACUUCCCGAGCGAUGCAGCUGCUACGUCGGCACCCGCAUUCGAAGGAGGAAAGAUGACGAUGCUUCUCGAAAAGAUCGAUGUGUCUUCGCCCUCAGACGAUCUGACGAUCGAACUCAAGGGACCUCUUGGAUCCUUCACCUAUCUUGGUCAGCAGCAGAUCCGCUGGAAACCCGCCAGCGCGGUGCGUCGCGUUCGCAAGCUCGCCAUGAUCGCCGGUGGAUCGGGCAUCACGCCCAUCUGGUCGACCCUCAAAGCGAUCGCCGACGAAGUGCUCGAUGCCUCGAAUCCUUCGAGCCCUGCUUUAGACCCCAUCCAGAUCUGGAUCGUGUACGGUAACCGCACGGAACAGGAUAUCCUGAUCCGCGAAGAGCUAGAACGCUUGCGAGUAGCGUUGAAAGGCAAUCUUAAAGUCUGGCAUGUGCUCAGCAAUUGCACUCCUGAAAACGAAGCCAACUGGAGUAUGGGCCGCGGCCAUAUCACUGCCAAUGUCCUUAGGACGCACCUGCCACCACCACCGGCAAAGCCUGCUUCGGAGGACGAGCUCGAGGAUACUUUGGCGCUGGUCUGCGGUCCCCCUCCGAUGGAAAAAGCUGUCUCGGACGGUCUCAAGCAGUUGGGCUGGGACCUGCAACGUUGCGUCGUGUUUUUCUGA